ACAGCAGCGACGAACGAAGACAACUUUCUUUCCCUAUCCUUCCGGCUUCGGUCUCUUGCUCUCGUGGUCUCUCUCGGCAGCUUCGAUAGCUCCCACGGUCAAUCACUCUCCUUUCUUGGAGCCGAGGAGUCGUCGAGACGACAAUCCCAAGACGAAGGAUACGGAGAAUUCAUCCCACGUUUGAAGAGGUUGGACAGUGGUAUACUUUUGUACCGAUUGGGUGCUCAGGAUCGUUGAAGUUGGGGGAAUUGAAGUAACAUCACGACUUCUUCACAUCUGGUCAGCCGUUUCGAUUCAGUACACGGCCGGUUGAGAUGCAACACAACGCUUUUUGAUUGAUUCAUCCAAACUUCUACUUCAACAUAGACCACGAUCUUUGUCUAUUCAUUUCGGCUCCUAGCGACCGACCACGCUCUUUUGCAUCUACUAUUCUUACACUGGAGUUCGACCACUUCUGUAUCUUUACGCAAAACUUUCAAUUCAUCUUUCGUUCCAGCUGAACAUUUGUACGAAUCAGCUCUCACGCCUACGACAUCUAACUGGCUGCAGCGAUUCUAUUUCCGUUGCAGGAACACUCAAAAGCAAUUUCAUUUGAACAGAAUACGGAUCCGCGCAUAUUACUCCAAGGUUCUACGGCUUCAUGCAUAUGCAAUCGCGAUAAAAAGGAAAGGAUCCGAGUAGCGGGUUGGUCACGAGGCCGAGUUUCUCGCAAGCCCCUUAUAUAGUCAGAAGACUGGCGAUUCCACAUUUCAAGCUUCAAUAGUCGUUGUUGAAAUGAAUCAGCAAUGGCAACCGCCUUCCAGAAUUCCUGGGGCCACUGGAGGAGGAGGUUCGGUGAGGAGAGCAAGAGAAAGGAUGGCAGCAGGAUUACCACCGGCCAUGCCACCACCACCUCCACAGGGACGAGUUUAUGAGCCACCGCGGAUGGCUGCGCCAGUCCAGCCAGCAAGUCGAAUUCGACCUCCGAUGCCAAUAGCUUCCUCUGGACCGAAAACUGGACAGGCUCCAAUUGGCGUCGCAAUAUCAGCACCAACUCAAAUACCGCAGUGGCCUCUGGCUGGGACUGCUGAGCCGGGCCAGCAAUACAAGCCACCUGCAGGUCGCGGCCCACCACCACAGAGACCACCACGGCCAAGUCAAGUCCCCUCGAUUCUGGAGAUCUCACAACUGCAGGAUGGUGUAAAAACUGCUCAGUAUGCGCAGCGGACACAAGAGCAACUAGAUCAACAGUAUGAGAGGGAAAGACGAGAGGAGGAGGACAUGAUUUCACCUAUCAUAACGUCACCUAUGAGCAUGUCUUCACGGCCGUCAACAUUAUCGUCUGUUGGAUCGAUACCGGACUUUCCAGUUCCUGUAGCUCCUGGCCCGCCACGAAGGAGCGCCAACCUUGGACCACCACCAAGUGCGAGACGUGGCGCAUCUUCAUACUACUCACAAGCAUCUUUCGUCUCUCCCAUCCCCGAGGAGAGUCCGGGAUCACGAACGACUCAUCUGUCUUAUGCCUCGAGUGCUGCUAUUCCGACGAGUUGGGGCUCCAACUCUCCGCGUUAUCCAUACGACGACGAAUAUGAGGACGAAAGCGUAUACGAUGGAAAUUUCAACAGAUCGCCUACAUAUGAGGAAGGACGAGAAUCGAGGGGGUCGGCAGAUGAUAAUGAUGAUAGAGGAUUGAUUCGAAGUGCUAGUUUUGGACGACGAGCGAAGCCUUCCAUGAUCACAACGAAGAGUUCGGAAAGGAUAGAACCUCGACCUGCGCCAGUGCCACAGCAGAAACCAAUACAGAUGACCAAGUUGGAGAAGAUGGGGAUCCUUCCAAUGCCAGGUAGUGAGGAUGCUGGUGCUACCAAGACUAAUGGUAAUGGCCUAGAGCGGAAGGAGUCUCAGAGGAACACAGUAUGGCCUAUAAUUGGAGAUUCCAAUUCGCCUCUCGCGACAGGCACGGGCUUCAUUGACAAGUCAACUUCAUCCUCCGAAGAGUCAGUCCCUACGUUAGCAAGGGCAUUCACGACAGACGAUGCGACUCCUGCAAAUGCAGCGAAUUUCUCGGAUUCUAAUGCUAAAGCGAUGCUUGGAGCAUACAACGCUGCAAGCUCUCUCCAACCUCCUGGAACGCAACCUUCGCGGACACCUAGCCCUGGUAAUGGAUUUAGCAGGUUAUCCGCUGUUCGCCGUCCACCGCGGCUGGAUAUGGAUGCCGUUAGAGAUGCGGAGGCGAGAGGUAGUCUAACGAGUUUGCCCGAUUUAAUCAGACGAGCAACGAGAUUGGCAGCGAUGAUGGAUAGAGGCAAGAGGCCCGGUAGUCGUCUUGCUCUCAACGAUUUUCCGAGCCAGGACGACUUUGCUAGGGAGAAGGAGAUGGGGAUGCGCUCUGACGAGAAGCAUCGAUCGGGGUUUUCAGGAAUGCUUGCAUCAUUUCCACCUCCUGGUGUCCAAACUCCCCAAGGCGACACACCCACCCGUCCCAUGUCGGCUUGGCCUACAGGAUUUGAGGAACAACCUGCUGACGGACAAGAUGGGCAGAAGCAGAAGAAGCCUCGCCGCUGUUGUGGACUGCCGUGCUGGGGCUUUUUGCUCGUUGUUCUAAUUCUCUUAAUCAUCAUCGCAGCAGCUGUGGUUGUUCCUCUUGAACUUCUCGUUCUCAACAAGCCCGAUUCCUCGAAUGCUGGAGCUGUAACCGUCGCAGCAUGCCAAGCCAAUUCAGCUACGGUAUGUCAGAAUGGAGGCACAUCCGUCGUUGACAAUGGUUCCUGCGCCUGUAUAUGUACGAAUGGCUUCACUGGCUCUACAUGUACCUCCGCCAAUGCCACCGGUUGUGCAACGGUCACUAUGUCUGGCUCAUCUUUCACAAAUGUCACUCUCGGCCAAUCCAUCUCUCGCCUAAUCUCAGGAGGCCAAACAAAUUUCUCCAUCCCUCUCUCCGAAAGCACUAUUCUUGCUCGAUUCAAUUCUGCCAACCUUUCCUGCGCAACCGAAAAUGCGUUGGUGACCUUCCAAGGUCGCGCUGAGCGUGUUGGAGCAGCCAGAAAUCUAGUAUUCUCUGCAACUAGCUCUGCCCCCGUCGCAGAUCCCACUGCCCAAAAGGCUCGAAGACAAGAUAUUCCUGCGACCACCACAACCGCCCCAAUAGCAGCCGCAACAAACAACGGCAUCGUCUACGACGCCUCCGCAACCAACGGACCGCCCUCCGCAAUUUCGACCUUGUCUACUUCCUCUGAUCCCCAAGCAGUCUUUAGCAUCACCGAAGAAGUGCUCGAUUUCGCACGCGUGGCAGUCCUGUACGUGCUCCAAGAAGACGAUCUCGAGAAUGCCAUUACUGCUCAGAGCAGCCUGCAGACUUGGUUCAAGGGUCAGAGUUACACCAAUCAGGCGGCCAUGAAUGUCAGCCUCGGCCAUGGCAAUGUGGUUAAUCUGCUAGCGUUCCAGGUCGACACUGGCAAUGGAACGGUGGGUUCUAAGAAUGCCAGUCUGGCGUAUGGGAAGGCGAGGAGAGAGAUUGAGAGGAGGGCGGCUCAUAUGAGGAGGAGUAUACCACUGUUUAGUACGCGGUGAAGUAAGCGGAAUACAGGCUGAGCUCGUGUUUGAUGACAUUGAUGACUUUUUUCUCUCGUUCCGUAGAUGAGAAUUGAGCGUGGAAAAUGUACGAAGGAAAGUAUGAGCGAAAAGGAAGCAUGAGUGUCGGAGUAGAUGGGGCUCUGACUUGUAUAUACUGCCCUCGCCAGCACUUUGGCACAUUUUUUUUUCUUUUCCUUUACUGUUUUCGGUGGAUUUGUGUUUUUGUUGAGAUGUCAUAUACCUUUUCGUUUUCUUGUUUUUGUCUUGUUCUUUCGUGUUCAUGUUAUGUCUAGCGCGGUGCUGGGGAGCCGAAGACUUGAGCUCUGAGAGCGAGGAAGGGGUAGAGGGAUGAAUUGGGCAAGAGUGUCUUAUACCUAUUAUGUUCUUGGAGGUUUGUAAUUGGUGGUGGGGUGGUGGUGGAUGUUGCCUGUAUUAUAUAGUUGACUGGAAACUGAGUUGGAAGAGAUGGAGACUCGCCCGAAGAGGGAAGAUGGAAAAGGGGAUGAGGAGGAUUGCAUGGAAUGGAGUCGUCUUGUGGAUUGCAUGCUGGCAGGUAAAUCUUAAUGGAAAAUCUAUGGACUUAUGAAC